AAAAAAAAAAAGAAACAAUAAAAAGCAACAACAAAACCAAAUAAAACAAUAAAAAGCAACAAAAAAGACCAAAAACAUGUCAUUGUUUUUCAGAAUUUUCCAGAACUCUUGAUCAGUUCCAUUGGUCAGUUUGCUUCAGUCAGUGAUUGAUUUCUGGGGCUCUAAGGUCAGAGUGGGCGUGGCCUAAUCAUACCUGAACAGGUGAAUGUGUGUCAGGAAGUGGGCGUGGCCUGAACAGAACUGUGUGGGCGCGUCCUUUGCCUGGAUGAGUCAGCGUCUGCAGGUCAGACCUGAUCAGAUGAAACUUCAUCCACCUCUGAGUCCCAGCUCAGUCUCUCGUCCUCUCACUGAUGGAGCUGCGGUCGAGGGCUCCCUGGGUGCGGACGUCCAGGUCUGCAGCAUGACCACAGUGGUGUUAGUGGUGGUGGGCCUGGUGGUGGCGCUGGUGGUGAUGGUGAGGAACUUUAGACGAGAAGAGCUGCUGCUGCUACCACAGGGGGCAGUACUGAUUACAGGAUGCGACUCUGGCUUUGGCCACGCCCUGGCUCUUCAGCUCAGUGACCUGGGGGUGAAGGUGUUCGCCGGGGUUUUGGAUGUGAAAGGAGACGGAGCUGAGCGUCUUCGAGGACGGAGGUCUGAGAAGCUGGAGGUCCUCCAGCUGGAUGUGACCGUCAGAGAGCAGGUGGAGGCAGCGAGGAGUCACAUCUGUGACCAGGUGGGACGAACAGGUCUCUGGGCUCUAGUGAACAACGCAGGGAUCUUUCCAUGUCCAGCAGAUGGCGAGCUUCUCCCACUCUCAGCCUUUAGACGCUGCAUGGAAGUCAACUUCCUGUCGUCUGUCCAGAUGUGUCAGAGUUUCCUGCCGUUGCUGAGACGCUCCCGAGGACGUAUAGUGAAUGUUUCCAGUCUGGCAGCCGACUUACAUAUGCCGCUUAUGGCGGCGUACUCGGCGUCCAAAGCUGCCCUCAGCAUGUUCUCCAGAGUCCUGAGGAUGGAGCUGUCACAGUGGGGCGUCCAGGUGGUCAUGGUCCAACCCAUGGGAUUCAGAACCAAGCUGUUUGGCAGCAGAGAUUACAUCAAUCAGCAGAAGGCGGAGCUUCUGGCCUCUGUGUCCUCUGAGGCCAGAGAGGAUUAUGGGACGGCGUACAUCUCGUCCCUGCCCGACUGUCUCACGACUAUGUCUGACGAUACAUCGCAGGAUCUGUCCCCGGUGGUGGACGCCAUGUGUCACGCCCUGCUGUCCGCUAACCCCAGACGUCUGUACACUCCAGGGCAGAUGGGAUUUCUGCUGCCGUUUCUCUACCACCAUUGUCCGGCAGCCAUCUUUGAUUACAUCAUCAAUUUCAUCAUCAGAUACAGAGAACCGCGUGCGUUUACUGUCCCAGAGUCCAACUGACCCACAAGACACACGCAUGAAUGACUCCCACGCCAAACCCCAUGCAAAAAAAUCAGUGAUUUUAGCUCAGACCAAAGUCCAUAAAAUCAGUUCUUGAGUUGCUCAUAAAAACUAAGGACUCUUUAGGACCAAGCACAUGGUUACAGUUUUUAUUAUAAACUAAGAGACAAUAAUGAACAGUCAUCACUUCCUCUAUAUAGUAAUAAAUACUGAUGAUUG